GGCAGCGGCAGACCAGCGCCGGAGUGAGGCAGGCGCCGACCGCAAGCCGGCCGGCCGUGGCAAGGACUGCAGCGACGCACCAUCGCCGGACUGGGGCGCGCGCCGACCGCUACUCGUUAACUCAACCUCCUCGGCGGAUAAGCAACUGCAGCCUGCGACUGUGCACGUGAGGGUGCGCUGGGCGAGAUGACUUUGUACGACACGCUACACUACAGCGUGGUGCCACCGCUGUUCCUGCUCUUCUUCACGCCCGUGGUACAGGUGCUGACGCGCGUGGCUGACCCGCAGCCGCUCUCCUGGGCUGUGUUCACCGGCAAUGCCUUCUCCUGGUGUUUCACGGCCGUGAUGGUGCUAUGGGCGUACUUAUUCCUGGUGCUGCCCGGGGCCGUCCACCACGGCCCGACCACCGACUUCGGCCAGACGCCCUCCUACCGCGCCAACGGCAUGCUCUACUACACAGCCACCCUGGCCGCGUACGCGCUGGUCGAGACGCUUCUGCUGCCGGGCGUCUCGGUGCUCGUGUUCUCCAACAUGGCGGCUAUCCUGGCGUCCCUGAAUGUGCUGGCGCUGCUGCUGUGCACGCUGUUGCUGGUGCGAGGCAAGACGGCGCCGCAGACGGCGGAGGUGGUCCCUCCGCGACCGCUGCCACACGAGUUCUACCGCGGCAUGGAGCUGCAUCCGCGCCUGCUCGGAGUCGACGUCAAACAGCUGACCAACUGUCGGCUAGGCAUGAUGCUCUGGCAGCUGCUGGUGCUGGUGUUCUGCGUGGCCGGCGCCCGGCUACACGGCCCCUCCGCCGGCCAGCUGGUAGGCGCCGCCAUCCAGACCGUAUACAUAGCCAAAUUCUUCUGGUGGGAGACGGGCUACUUCAGCACGCUGGAUAUCACGCUGGACCGCGCCGGCUACUACCUCUGCUGGGGCUGCAUGGUGUGGGUGCCCUGCUUCUACACGUACAGCACCUGCUUCCUGGUGCGCCACCGUUCGCUGCUGAACGACACGCAAGCGGGGCUGGUGCUGGCGCUGGGUCUGGCCGCCGUGGCUCUCAACUACCGCGUGGACCUGGAGAAACAGCGCUUCCGUCGGUCGACCGGCGAGUGCCGGCUGUGGGGCCGGCCCGCCACAUUCGUGUCGGCCGAGUACCGCACGGCCAGCGGCUGGCACAAGGCACGCCUGCUGACGGCAGGCUGCUGGGGCGUGGCGCGCCACCUGAACUACACGUUCGAGAUCGCCGCCGCCCUCUGCUGGUGCCUGCCUGGCCUGGGCCACGGCCUCUGGCCCUUUCUGUACGUGAUGUUCCUCAGCGUACUGUUGGUGCACCGCGUGUUCCGGGACGAGGCUAAAUGCGGUGAGAAGUAUGGCAAGGCUUGGCGGCGCUACUGCAGCCAGGUGCCGUAUAGGAUGGUGCCCUAUGUGUUCUAAAGUGACGCUCGGCGGGCAGAUCGAUGACAAAAAGAGCUGUACACCGAAAUAAACCGUGCUACUGCACCUAUGUGAACGUCAUGUAAGAAUGACAAUUUUACGCUUUUAA